ACGAGAAAUUAAAGGGCAUAACUGCAAUAAAAGAACAAAUGCAAGGGUAGUUAAUAUUAAAGAAAGUUCCAAGGAUUCCAUACCAUAUCCUGAAAAUUGAAGAGCUACAAAAUGCUAGGGAAAGUGCUCUAAUCCAAACAAAAUCGCUUUCACCAUUUGUUCUUUUAUAAUUAACUGUUCGUUUCAUUUCUCGAAAGGAAAAAAAAAAAAAAACAGGCACGCUCUCUCUCUGAGUUUUUUUUUUGCUCUGUUUUUCAGAUUCUUCUUCUUGAUCUAGCUUUGGAGCUCUGAGUCGGAGGUUAUCUUUGAUUAUCAACUGAUUAAUCUUCAUUUAGUUUCUUCUUUGAUUACUUGAAACUUCAGUUUCAAUCAAAACUUUUGGUCUUUAGCCGAAUCAACUUGAGUAACUUCAGUUUUGAUGAAACUUAGCAAAGCUUCCUAAUCAAGAUUGAGAAAGGAAAGUGAAGAGAAAGUCUCAGAUUUUAUGCUCGAGAUGGAGAUUGCCUUGUCUUCGUGCACACGUGCUGAGCAAAAUUAGUUGGUAAUCUGACUAAAAGAUGACCAAGCAUCGUUUCAGGGAGUCUAUAAAGUCCUUCUUUGGGCAUCAUGUUGAUCCAGAAAAAGAUGAACAGCUUAAAGGAAAUAAAAUAGAAAUUGAUGACAAGGUGACAAAAAUAUUGAAGCUCAUCAAGGAUGAAGAAAUCGAAGAAAAUGAUGGGAUCUCAAUAACUAACUCCAGCAAGGAUUCACUUGUCCAGUUAAUUGAGGAUUUUCACAAACACUAUCAAAAUCUCUAUGCACAAUAUGAUCAUCUCACUGGGGAGCUGAGGAAAAAAGUUCAUGGCAAACGAGAAAAAGAUGCCUCCUCUUCGUCAAGUUCAGAUUCAGACUCUGAUUAUUCUUCAAAAGAUGGAGGCAGUAAAAAUGGAAAAUUGGAGAAUGAAUUCCAGAAAAUAGCAGAAGGGAUUAAACAAGAACUUGAAACAGCAAAUCUGGAAAUUGCUGACCUCAGGAGAAAGCUGACAGCUUCAAGUGAAGAAAAAGAUGUUUUGAAUUCAGAUUAUCUAGCUUCUUUAAGCAAGAUGCAAGAAGCAGAGGAAAUCAUCAGAAAUCUGAAGCUUGAAUCUGAAAGAUUGGAGAGUGAAAAAUCAAAACUUGCGGUUGAGAAUGAAGAGCUGGGGCAUAAACUGGACACUCAUGCUAAGAUAGAAGCUGAGGUGAAUCAGAAAUUGGAAGAUCUGAAUAGAGAAAACAAUAACUUAAUUCUAGAGAAAGAGACUGCUGUUAAAAGAAUUGAAGAUGCUGAGAAGUUUAGUGAAGAUCUUAGAAGAGAAGUUGAUCAACUGAAAGAGGAAAAUAUAACUCUAAAGCAAGAGCUAGAAAGUGUUAGGGGCGAAGUUUCCAAUAUGCAGCAACAGCUGGAAUCUGCAGAACAGCAAGUUUCAGAAUUAAGCCACCGCCUUAAUGCUACUGGGGAAGAGAAUAAAUCCGUGAAUUCCAAACUUUCUGAGGUUUCAAAUGAGAUUCUGCAGGCACAGGACAAAAUACAACGACUCAUGGCUGAAAUGAGUCAGUCGAAGGAGGAACUUUAUGAGAAAGAAAGGGAACUUUUGAUGCUUGCAGAGUUGCAUGAGCUGCAUGGGAGUCAAACAUCUGCUCAGAUAAAAGAAUUAGAGGCACAAGUGACAAGCUUGGAAAUCGAGGUGGAAUCAUUCAGAGCAACAAACAGAGAUAUGGAGGUGCAGAUAGAGAAAAAAGCAAGUGAAGCAAAACAUCUGGAAGAGCAAAAUAUAGGACUGCAAUCCCAAAUUUCAGAACUUGAGAUGAUGUCAAAAAAGAGAGAAGAAGAACUUUUGACUCUAACCAAGAAAAUUGAGGAUAAUGAGAAAGAAUCAUUGUCCAGAGAGGAGAACUUGACAGUGCAGAUCAACAGUCUGCUAGUGGACAUGGAGUCGCUACACACCCAGAAAGCUCAAUUGGAAGAACAUAUAGUAUUUAAAAGUGAUGAAGCAUCAACUCAAGUCAAGAGCUUAAUGGAUCAGAUAUAUACAUUACAGAAGGAGCUGGAGACCCUGCAUAGCCAGAAAGCAGAACUGGAAGUGCAGCUUGGGAGAAAAACUCAAGCUAUUUCAGAUUAUGUUAUUGAGAUAGAAAAGGCAAAAGAAGAGAUAGUAAGCAAGACUGAGGAUCAACGGAAAGUUCUGAAGGAGAAAGAUGGUUUGCUGGCACAAAUUAAGGAUCUAGAAUUUGAGGUCAAUUCUCUAAAGAAUCAGAAAGGUGAACUGGAAGAGGAAUUAAGAACUAAAAUCGAAGAGUAUGGUCAGUUGAGGGAGGAAAAGUUGGGGUUACAGGGUCGAACCGUUGAAUUAGAGAAAACAUUGGCAGAAAGAAGUCUUGAGUUCACUGCUCUCCAGGAAAAACAUGCAACCGCAGAGAAUAAAACUUCUUCUCAAUUAACAGCCCUAGUGGUGCAGGUCAACAAUUUGCAGCAGGAGUUGGAUUCCGUACUGUCCCAGAGAAAUGAACUGGAGUUGCAGCUUAAGAAAGAGAAACAAGAAUCAUCAGAAAGAUUGACAGAAAUGGAGAACCAGAAAUCUGAGCUAGAAAGCCAAAUUAACAAUCAGCUGAGAAUGCUAGAAGAACAGGGGGAGGCGUAUAAGAAGUUGACCGAGGAACACAAACUGGUCGAGGGCUUAUACCAAGAGUGCAAGGCAAAUCUUGAAGUUGCAGAAAGGAAGAUGGAAGAAAUGUCAGAAGAAUUCCUGGGAAACAUUGAAUCUAAAAGUCAAAUGGCAGUUGAUCUGAAGCAAAUGGUUGAGGACCUUCAAAGAGAUUUGGAAGCAAAGGGAGUUGAGAAAGAUGACUUCAUAAACCAGAUUACAGAUCAUCAGAGAAUGCUAAAGGAACAAGAAGAUGCAUUUAACAAGCUAAGCGAGAAGUACAAUCAACUUGAAACUUCAUUUCAGGACUGCAAGGCAAUUAUUGAAGUCACAGAAAGGAAGAUGCAAGAAAUGGCAGGAGAGCACAAUAAGAACGUUCAAUCAAAGGAUCAAAUGGUAGCUGACCUGGAGCAAAUUAUUGAAGACUUGAAAAGAGAUUUAGAAAUGAAAGGAGAUGAGCUCAGUACUUUGGUUGAGAACGUCCGCACAAUUGAAGUUAAGCUCCGGUUGUCAAACCAGAAACUUCGUGUCACAGAACAGUUACUAACUGAGAACGAAGAGAGCUUCAGACAAGCAGAAGCAAAGUUCCUGGAAGAACAAAGAAUACUUGAAGAAAGGGUCACGACGUUGUCCGGAAUAAUUGCUGCAAACAAUGAAGCCCAUUGCAGGAUGAUCACUGAUAUCUCAGACAAUGUUAAUAGUAACUUGACUGGAUUUGAAGCCGUCAUCCAGAAAUUUGAAGAAGGCUAUAAUAACUACGAGCAUUGUGUUGAAGAAACAUUGAAAGAGCUAAGGAUUGCUAAGCACUGGGUUGCAGAGACAAAGAGCGAGAAGAAGCAGCUGAUGGAUGAAAUGACUAAUUUGAUUGAGCAACUGAAAGGUCAGAUAGAACAAGGCUCUAUGUUGCGAGAGAGAGUUGAGAAGCUACAGAAUAAGGCAAACAAGGAAGAAGGCGAGAAGGAGAGUCUGGUGAAAUUCGUGAAGCUUCUGGAGAAGAAAAUCGAAAUCUUGGAGACGGCGAUGAAAGAGAAGGAUCAAGGUCUAUUGGGUCUAGGAGAGGAGAAGAGGGAAGCCAUUAGGCAGCUGUGCGUUUCGAUUGAUUAUCACCGCAGCCGCUGCGAUGAUCUAAAGGAAAUGCUCUCCAAAGCUGUCAGAAUCCAGAGGGCAACCUAGAAGAAGAAUUCCAUUAUCUUCAUUCUGGUUUUGCAUUUAUGGAUUAUUUUUCAUUAUUUCAUUUUUUCUACUCAGACAGAUUGGACUGUUGAAAAAAAAAAAAAGAAGCAUUCUCAGGUGAUGUUCGGUUAGCACAAGCUACAUGUCUCAUAAAACUUGGUUGCGCGUAAAGAUAAAACUACAGUAUUAGGAUUUUCUCAUCGAGUUUGUUUUCUAUUUUAUUUUCACAUCCGAGAUUAAAAAGAUUAUAUAUGUUUUUAUUAUAUCUUAAAAAAUAUGUGCAAA